AUGAGGCCUCACCGCCGGGCCCUCUUCUUCACGGAGCACAGCCCGGGCGCCGGGGACUGCGAUGGUUCCUGGUGCCAGACGCCACCGCCGGUUCCCAGCUCCCCUGAUUUCGGCCCUGCCCCUUCCCCGCCGCCGCCUCCCUUUUUCCCGCCGUCGCCUGCUCCCGCGCAUAACGGUAGGAGGGACCAGGGAGGGGGGAUGCAGGGAUACGGGCCCCCACCACCCGGCGUCGGCGGCGCAGGCGACCACGGCCGACGGCACUUCGUCAAGUACGUGCUCAUCGCCGCCGGGGUGAUCGCCUUCGUCUCGCUGAUCCUGCUCGGCGUCUCGGUCGCCGUGCGGCGCCGGCAGGUCCGGCGGAGGCGGCAGGCGCUCCUCGCACCCUCUGUCAACGCGGGCGCGGCGAACGUCGACGACGGAGGCGGCGAGCACGACCACGAGUGGGGCGGCGGCGGCGGAGGAGGCGGGGUGGUGCACCACGUCUGGAACAUCCGGACCGUGGGGCUCGACGAGGCGUCCAUCAGUUCCAUCGCCGUCACGCGGUACCGCGCCGGGGCGGGGCUCCUGGGCGCGGCGGACUGCUCCGUCUGCCUCGGCGAGUUCCAGGACGGCGAGCUCGUGCGCCUACUGCCCAAGUGCGCGCACGCGUUCCACGUCCCCUGCAUCGACACCUGGCUCCGCGCGCACGUCAACUGCCCGAUCUGCCGCUCCGACGUGCUCGACCCCGCCGUCACAGCCGCCGCCUCCGGAGGAGGAGGCAGUGAGAGCGUCGGGUCCAGCUCCAGCCCGCCAGCUGAUCCAGACGCGAAUGCCAACGCCGCAGCAGAUCAAGUUGUUGGCGCGGCGAGCGACGCAGCAGCGCCGGAUCACGAAGAGGAGCAGAGCGACGGCCGAGACGCUUCACCCGCAGAAGAGGACCAGCAAGAACAAUCCAGCUCCGCCGAGCCGCCGCCCCCGGAACUCUUGUGCCCGCUGCCACGUAACGUCCGGCGCGCGGCGUCCAUGGACGCUGUGGCAGUGUCAACUGCGGCGGACGUCGCGGAGCUAGACCGGCUGCCGGAGGAAGCUCCUGAAGAGGAGCAGAUCGGUGGGAGGCGGAAGCGCUGCACCGGCCCGUCCCGCGCGAAGCCAUCGGGUUCGGGCCAUCGGACCAACCUCAGCACCGACAGGCUGGCUCCCGGCGGCGUCCCGAGGUCAUUCUUCUCGCGCCAUUGCCGCGCUCGGAGCUCGGUGCUGCCAUUGUAA